AUAUAUGGAUAAGUGACAUAGAUACAUAAAAUGCUUUCCUUUUGCAAAUAAUUGAAUAGCAUCAGGCUUACCGAAUUGAUAGAAGAAAUUGAAUACAGAUACUACUUCAUCAAUUCCGUAUUUGGAGACUAAUAGCUUUUCCUCUCUUCAGAAAACUUUGCAAUUGAAUGCUAUCUGAUCUUCAGUACCAAAGGCACAUGAUAGUUUAAUCGAUUUGUGUAUUUAGCUGCUAUCUUGCAGUCAGAUGAUGCAACAAGUAAGAUGUUCAACAAUAAUACUUCAUCAGGAGGAAAAGACUUUCAUCAAGCCAAGCAAGAAGGCGAUAACAAUAACGAGAGGGCCACUUUAACAAGGUAUACAUCCACUUCAAGACAAUGGGCGGGCUUUAAGAACCCACGAAUCGUGAGGGUAUCCAAGGCUUUUGGAGGCAAAGAUAGGCAUAGUAAGGUUUGUACCGUAAAAGGAUUGAGAGACAGAAGAAUUAGGCUUUCCGUUCCUACAGCUAUUCAAUUAUAUGAUCUUCAAGAUAGGCUAGGGUUAAACCAACCUAGCAAGGUCAUUGAUUGGUUGAUCGAUUCUACUAAAGAUGAUAUCGAUCAGCUUCCACCCCUUCAAAUGCUACCUGAAGAUUUCAAUCAGUUCCUUCCAGCAGCACCAACAGUCAUGAACCACCCUCAAGAUUUUACUUCUUCACAACUUUCUUUAUCUCAUUUCCUAAGUACUACUCCAAAUUCAUCGUUCGUGAAAGAUGUAGGAAACCGAACUCUACUGUAUACGAAUCAAGGAAUCAAGUUUGACAACGAUCAUCAUGACAACAAUGAAGAUCAUGAUCAGAGAAACAAAGGGAAGGAAGCACUAGUCGUCGUAAAUGAAGUACAAGAGAAUGGAGAUGGAAAUGGAGGUUUGAACUUUUUUCCUAUACCUCAAUAUUCUUAUCCUGCAGGAAUGUAUCCAUACAAUCCUUUCUAUAACUGGGAACAUUCUUCAAAUUUGUCAAUGUCCAAUUUUGGAAAUAUUCAAGGAAAUCUAGUUUCAUCUCAAACCGAUUCUUCAAUGGCUAUCCCAUCCGCAUCACAGGUUUUCUUGUGUCCUCCUGCUGCUGCUGCCACACCCUCACCUUGCCCUUCAUUUCUCAUGCCAAAUUUGGGGGAGAAUAAUCAUCAAGAUCUUAUUAGACAAACUAAUCUCUUUCAUUCUUUAAGCUCAAGUUCCCAACAUGUAGUACCACCAAAUACGCUUAUGCCACUAUUUAACCCGAGCGAUAAUUCUCAAUAAGAGAAAGUACCCUUUGGUUUGGAUACACAACCUAAGGUUCGUUCCCACAACAAUGGCGUCAAUAGAUGAUCAACGCUACGGUCGAUCAAAAUGACAAGGACGACAUCUUUUUCCCAUGCUUCAUAGUUUUCACGACAUAUUGAUACAUAUAUUAAUAUUUCUUGUAAUUAGAUAUCAUAUUGGUUUGUAAUAUGUAUAUGGAGAUUAUAUUUAGUACUUAAAUGAUGUUUGAGUUAUUUGUUUUGGCAUCUUA